AUGGCGUCGUGUCGCCAAGAUAAAGAGAAGGCGGUGAAUGUGCAGGUCCUCCUCCGUUGCAGGUAAUAAUAGCGGGAUAGAUUUAGAUUUCUCACAUCACCUCCACCGUCAGAUGAGUUCUCCGGGCGGGCUUCCGGUUGCCAUUUUGCCCAAAUUUGGGGUUGCCAUUGGCUGAGCUGGAUCGUAUCUCUGAAAUGUGCCAAUGUCCGUGUUGUUUCUUUACGCGUGGAAGUCUUAAUCAGCGAAUCCUGGGUUCUCUUUUGUUUUCAUUUUACGCAGGCCGAUCAGCGAUGACGAGUUGCGGAGUAACGCACCGCAGGUGUUGACAUGCAAUGACCUCCAGAGAGAGGUUGCAGUCAGGCAGACCAUAGCGGGGAAGCAGAUUGACAGGGUUUUCACCUUCGAUAAGGUUGGUCUCCUUUUAACUUCCUUGUAUCUGUUGUUUUCUCCUCUCCUUUCGCUGCGCGAUUGGAUUCAUUCGUUCUAUUUUGUUUGGGCCAUUCGUACGAUAUUUAACAGUAUCUUAGAGGAUUCCGCAUGUUGAAUUGAGAAGUACUUAAAUUUCUGUUCUCAUUGGCAACGUGAAACUAAGUAAGCUAACGAAAUUCAAGACCAUAGCAAGUCGGUGAAAUUCUCAAACAUCCGUGUUAUCCCGAGCAUUUUAGUCCACAUUUUUUAUCGACAGUUUGGUAUAGUUUCAUCUCAUAUAUUUCUAGCUAAAAAAUUAUUGGAGGGUAUUUUCGAAAGAAAAUAAUUUCCCCCGGGAACCUCAAUAUGGCCAUUAAGAGAGGAAUUCUCGAUUAAAAUUGGCAUAUCUGCUACUUACAUCUGUCUGCGGCAUGCUUUGUUGUACUUCGUCAAUCAUAUGCAAAUCUGUCGAUCACCAAGGUUAUUUUGCCUGUAGUAAGGGGAAUUGAAUAGAUAAGCACCUUUGGUUAGUCCUUUUCAAAUCCACCGUGGACGGAGUGAUAAGCAUUGAACAUGGCAUGCCGAGGGGACUUUUCAGAAUCUAGAAUUAAUCCAGUUACAUUCGUGUUCUAACCGGAGUGGUCUUGUCAUUUGUCUAAUUUAUAUCGUGGUCCAUGAAAUGUCAUGCAGAUUGGGCAUGAAUUUGGUCAACGUGACGAGAUUUUAAAAUAAAUGUGCUUCGGAAGCUGAUUACAAAACAAUCAUACGAGAUAAAACCACAUUGUAUGCAAGCUUUUAACAGAUCCUGAGACCUUAGAAUCUCUUUUACAGUUAGUUUGCCUUUUUUGAUGUUUCUAGUGAUCCGAAUCCGUUGACUUGAUCAUAACAAGGAAUGGGAAUAAAAUAAAAUAAAUUGUGAAUGUAAGCAAAGUCAACCGGGCUGAUGUUUAAAGUAUGGAGGGUGUUUUAGUUUGAAGGUGACUGCGUAGAAAUUUUUUUAAGCACGAAUAUCAGCUUAUCAUGACUUGAGAUAGCUAGAAGGAAUCUGGUUCAAGUAUGGAGGGUAUUUUAGAUAUUCAUUUAACUUAAUGUUUGUUCUAACUUCGACUUCUAAAUUUUAAAAGGUACACUGAAUGCUCUCUCUUCACCAGUCUUGAUACUGGGCAGUUCUCUUGAUGAAUGAGUCAUACUUCUUUGUUUUACUUUGUCCCUAAAUAUGAGCGAGAAGUUGUUCAGCUGCCUUGCCCUUUAUUUUCAUUAGAUGUAACAGAACGCAUGCUUAACACAACCUUUUCACGAAAGAAGUUUAAAAGUUCGAUUAAUUUUGUGCCUAUGCAGGUAUUUGGUCCUUCUGCUAUCCAAAAGGACUUAUACGACCAAGCUAUCAUUCCAAUCGUUAAUGAGGUGUUAGAGGGGUUUAAUUGCACCAUCUUUGCUUAUGGUCAAACUGGCACAGGAAAAACAUACACGAUGGAAGGGGAAUGUAAAAGGGCAAAGGUGAUUUUAUUUUUUUUCGACAAAGAUUGAUUCAUUUUUAGUUUUACCUGCGUCAUCCUGUUGCAGACAAAGAACGUAGCGAUAAUGGUUCCCGUUGCUAGAUUAUCACAUUGAACGUCACUGGUGUUAACUUGGUGUUGGCAGAGUGCGCCUAAUGGUCAAUUACCACCCAAUGCUGGCGUAAUACCGAGAGCUGUCAAACAGAUAUUUGACACUUUAGAAAGCCAAAAUGCUGAAUAUAGCGUGAAGGUUACAUUCCUUGAGUUGUAUAAUGAGGAAAUCACUGAUUUGCUAGCUCCUGAAGAACUUUCAAAAGUUACUUUGGACGAGAAGCAAAAAAAGUCUUUGCCUCUAAUGGAAGAUGGGAAAGGAGGUGUUCUUGUACGAGGUCUUGAAGAAGAGAUUGUCACAAGCGCAGGAGAAAUUUUCACUCUUCUAGAAAGGGGCUCUACAAAACGUCGAACUGCAGAGACCUUGCUGAACAAGCAAUCCAGGUUGUUUUUGUGAAUCUGCUACUCCAUUUUCAACUUUGUGCAUAUCUUCUUCUCCAUUUUUUGACAUUAGUUUUUUUUUCUCGACCAGUCGCUCUCACUCGCUCUUCUCUAUCACUAUCCAUAUCAAGGAGGCAACUCCAGAAGGUGAAGAGCUAAUAAAAUGUGGGAAGUUAAAUCUUGUUGACCUCGCUGGGUCUGAGAAUAUUUCUCGUUCCGGUGCCAGGGAGGUACUGUGCAUUAUUUACGUUCGUUUUUUCGAUUUUACUUAUUCAUUGUAUCAUUUGGUGGAGGUUUGCCUUUGUGUUGAUGCCAGCAUCUAGGAAUGAUAACGGCUGUUGUGAAUUUUUCUUGGAAAUUCGCAGUUUACAUCUGUUCAUGCUGUUUAUUGGUAAAUUUUAGGGCCGUGCAAGGGAGGCUGGAGAAAUUAAUAAGAGUUUGCUUACUUUAGGCCGUGUCAUCACUGCCUUGGUUGAGCAUCUUGGGCAUAUUCCAUAUAGGUUUUCUGUUUUAACACACCACUUGAUUGUUAUUUGCCUGUUUUCUACUUUUUUCUCUUUUUAUGUAUAAUUUUUAGUUAUUUCCGUACAGAGACAGCAAGCUUACUCGCUUGCUUCGUGAUUCGCUUGGUGGGAGAACUAAGACAUGCAUCAUUGCAACUGUUUCUCCAUCUGUUCACUGUCUUGAGGAGACUCUUAGUACAUUGGACUAUGCUCACAGAGCAAAAAAUAUAAAGAAUCGACCAGAGGUAUGUUACUGACUGGAUAACCUCGUGUUAUAAUUUCAUUUAAUGUUACCUUUUUUAUCAAUAAAGUUCGGUGGCCACUUUGUUCUUUAAUAAGUAUAAAUGCAAAUAAGAGCUUAGGCUAUCUCACAUGGCUGUCUUUUUGUAGUGGUGAUUCCAACGCCGUGUUAAAUAGAACCAAAAACAUUUACUUUUAGUACAUUCCACCACUGUAUUAAAUAGUUCAGGAAGUGUAAUUUAGCACUGAUUUUCUUUAUUGAAGUAUCGGCAAUUCCUUUCCAGCGUUUCUUCUCCUUUUAUCGAGAUUAGUUUCAAAGAUUUAACUAUUAAUAUUGAGUUCCUGUCAGAAUUAAUUUCACACAUUCUUAUAAAAACAUUUUUUUCUAAUCAAAUACUCGUGUAUUACUGAUAUAACGUCAGUAUUGUAUCCAAAUUCGUCAAUAUCAUUCCCCCCUGAACUCAGUAUGUGGUAUAAUGUGUGACAUGAUAAAAUAGAAAACAUUAUUUAUGUUGAUCAAUUCCUGAACUCAACCCACUGGCUUGCGAAACAUUAUUGAUAAACCUUGCCUGAAUUGUUUAUACCUGUAGGUGAACCAAAAAAUGAUGAAAUCUACACUGAUCAAGGACUUAUAUGGGGAAAUUGAGCGUCUUAAAGCUGGUAAAAUAUUAUUCAUUUGUAGGGUUUUUUCUUGUUUGCUUGGGAAAUUAUGCUUUGAAUGAGCUGGGUUGCGUUUUUGUGAAUCAUUUAUCUCUAUGCGCUCUACUUAAAGAAGCUUAACAAUACCAGAAGUCUAUGCUGCUCGUGAAAAGGUUGGAGUUUACAUUCCAAAAGAACGUUACUAUCAAGAAGAGUCUGAAAGAAAGGUAUGUGAUUGUAUGAAACAAAUAUUUCAACGAUGUGAACAGUGUUUUCUGUUAAUUUUAUCGUAAGCCACACAUUUUUUUCUGACCAGUAAUGGAUUUGCUGCUUAUAAUGUUUACUGAAUGUAAACAUGAACGUAAAUUCGAUUGUUCGAAUAGUCCGCUCAAAAUUCUUUUUUUAAUGUUCUAGGCAAUGGCUGAUCAGAUUGAGCAGAUGGGCGUCGUUUUGGAAACAAAUCAAAAGGUGAUGUAGUUUUUCCAACCGUGUGCUCUAGAGAGAUAGUGGUAUGCAUUUUAGAACUAAUUAAAUAUCCUGUUUUCAAAUCAGUUUUCUUACAUGUGGUUAUUGCACAGAAAAUAGAUGACCUGCAAGAGGAGUAUAAUGCUCAGUUGCACCAAUGUUCCGAUCUGAGUAAAAAGCUAGAAGCAACAGAGGUAGUCUUCGCCAUAAUGUUGCAUCUGUCUUAUUGAAUUGUUAAUAGCAAACACUGGCUAUUUAUCGGUAUGACAUGUGCAGAAAAGUCUUGAUUAUACCAGUAAGUUGCUUGGUAACACAAGGGAAGAUCUGAAACAAUGCCAAUAUGCCUUGAAGGAGAAAGAUUUUAUAAUAUCUGAGCAGAAGAAGGCAGGUCCGUAUAAUUUUAUGGCUUAUCCACUGAAAUUUCAAUCUUAAAUUCUAACCUUCCUUUAUGUUGAAUAAGAAAAUGCGUUGGUCCAUCAAGCUUGUGUUCUGCAAUCUGACUUGGAAAAGUUGAAUCGAGAGAAUGCCUCACUGUAUUCUAAGAUCGGUAAUCACCCAUUCUUUUCCCAUUGUGAAGUGUAUUGCCUUUUGAGACCCCCAAUGUAAAAAUCAAUAUUUCUCAUUAAUUGGACCACUGGAUCAUGUGAUCCUGCAGAUAGGGAAGACAAUCUGAGCGCUGCAAAUAAGUCGGUUGUGCACAAUUUUCAAGUUUAUCUUUCAGAGAAGACAAGUGCUCUCUGUAGCACCGUGUUUUCUUUUAUAGCUCGUCAAAAAGAACAACUCAAGCACGUAGAGGAGCUGUGCCAAUCUUGCGUAGAAUUCCAGGAUAAGGUUGAACCUGUAACAGUUUUAGUCAUUUUGAUUACAUCCCUUCCAAUUGAACAUCUGCCUCACGGAAUUAUGAAAUUCUUAAAUGCAGUCGUUAGAAGAGCUGAAGAAGAAAGUAUUAUCUUCGAGGACUUUGUAUAUUUCUCACAUUGAAGCAGCUCAAAAUAUUGUCCGAUUGCACAAGUCAAGCAUGAAUGGCAGUCUAGAACAGAUGUCUUCAGUAGCUUCCACAAACUAUGGCUCUCUUGAGGAAGUAAGCGACCGACUUCUCUUCCUUGCAUUUAAUCAUUCAUAUCUUUUGGCAUACAGUUUACUGUAAACUACGUUAAUAGCAGUCAAGGUUGAGGACACGGGAUCAGGCACGUGGGCAUAAAGCUCAAUGUCCAAGCUAGUGAUUAUUUUGUGUUUUUCUGCUCAAUUAUAGCCGUCGAUUACAUCUUGGGGCUGUGUGGCAAGCGUCUUGUUUAGGACGGGAGUGGGGGAAGAUAUGGGUGUGGAAGAUAAUUGCAGCGGCCUAGCAGUGGAUUCUGGAAAUAUUUUAUGAUUUUUAACUGCUGUGGUCAAUUGUUUUGAACUCUUUUCGCCGUGGCACCAGCUUCUAUCUUCCGGAGAGGUGAUGUCAGAUAAAAUAGUUAAGGAUCUUGAAGAAUCAUUGUCAAAUCAACAGGGAGAGAUUGCUUCUUUCGCUCAGGAGCUCAGGGAGGUUUGCCCUUCACCCUUUUAGUUCUUUUUUAUUUGCCUUCGUGUAUCAUCGUGUUUGAAGCUCUGAAGUUUUGAUGGGGCAAUUAUAAUCUUUCUUCAGAGAUUUAACAAGAGUAUGCAAAAUACCAAGGACAUGUCCGAAUUUGUUCUGGGACUUCUUGACAGACUUGGAGACGAAGCGCAAAAGGUUCAUGACCAGACAAAUCAGAUGCAUGAGGUCCAAGGAAAAAAUAUAAUCGAUUUUCAGAAAGCAUUUGAGGUACCUGAUUCAAGUGUCACCUUUAGAUCUUGCCUUUCAUUUAUUUUUUUUACUUUCUUUGACGAGUAUACGCCUCAAAUAGGAGCAAUCGAGGUCUGAAACACAGAAGAUUUUGGCAGAGGUCACUACAUUAUUGUCUACCCAUAUGCGUCGGCAGAUGGAAUUGGUAAAUUCGGCAGCAGAAUGUUGUUUUUCAGUCUUCUAUUUGGCUUGUUUAUGCAAGACCAGCUGAUCGGAACCUUGCAGGUGGAUGUGAGGCUCGGUGUCCUGAGAGAUGCUGCUUCGGAGAACAAAGCAUCUUUGGACACCCACGUGGCGUCCAUCAAAGGCCUUUCAUAUGAAGCCAAGAGGAAGUGGGAGGACCUCUCAUUUGGGGCAGAGAGUGAUUCCAGAGAAGUUGCAGAGUUUUCUGCUGCCAAACACUGUCGCAUGGAAGCAGCACUACGGCGAUGGUCUGUUGCAUGUCUUUCUACACUCUUCUGUUUUUAUUUUUUUGCCUGAUUUCAUGCUUCAUUUAGAAAAUUAUACCCACAUCCCUCCAGUAUAUAUUCCAAGAACAUAUUUUUCCUAGUUCGUUGCAGAUCCAAAACAAGUUUAAUUUUUUUUUUAAUAAUUUUCCUGAUUUCAUGCUUCAUUUAGAAAACUAUACUCACAUCCCUCCGGUAUAUAUUCCAAGAACAUAUUUCUCCUAGUUAGUUGCAGAUCCAAAACAAGUUUUUUAAUUUUUUUUGAUAAUUUUCUUGAUUUCAUGGUUCUUUUAGAAAAUUUUGCUCGCAUGCCUCCAGUAUAUAUUCCAAGUACAUAUUUUUUUGGAAUUCUAUAUAUUAUCUCUUUUUUUCCGCUGAUUCUUUUUUUUUUUUUUCCUUUUCUUUUUGGGUGAGUGUUACAGUGUUAGCACUGUUGAAGCUGCUUCAGACCAGUGGAAAGGCACAAUUACGUCGGUCAAAAGCAUGAAUGGUAGCCACGUGGCAUCUAUGGAGGGGCUUUUCAGGUUUUGGCUUGUCGUGUCUACCUUUUUUGAGCUUAUAUUCUUUGCCCAAAUCCCUACCUCGGCCUCAUCUUCUUUCGGGCUCUGCCGUUGACUUUUUAUGUUCAGAACUGCAAUCGCGAGUAACGAGCAGCACGCUGCUGAAGUCGCCUCAGCUCGUAAAGCCGCUGAAGAGGAUGCAACGGAUGAUAGUGAAGACAUCAUGCGCCGCCUCGGAAGUAAGUAGCUGAUCCCAGCGUUGACCACCCGACCAUGAAUGAACUUGAACUGAUGAGCACACUGCGGUGUCUAUUGGCUUGCAUUGGAUUUAAGAUGUUAGAAAUUAGAACAAAAAAAAUAGUAUAGAAGGCCCCGGGAAAUUCCCUUUUCGGGAAGGCAUCGUGAGAUGGAGCUGAUCGGUGUGAGAAAAAUCCUGCAGGCGCUGUGGAGCACGGAAGGGGGUCGUCGUCAAGAACAAUGGCUGCUGUUUCAGCCCACGAGGGCUUGCUUGAGGGUCUGCGGGAGGCGCACGCCACCCAGGCGUCAGAAAUCGGUCGAGAGGCUCAGAAGGCCCUACAGGAGAGAUACAAGGCAAGUGGCCGUCCCCCCCUCUCUCUCUAUCUCUCUCUCUAUCUCUCUCUCUCUCUCUCUAUCUAUAUAUAUAUAUAUAUAUAUAUCUCUUACUGGGUUAUUCGCGAAAAGUUUUCCAUUGUUCCCCCUCUCUCUCGACGUAUAUAUACUGGGGUUUUCGCAGAAAUUUUUCACUUGUUGCCCCCUCUCUCUCUCUACAAACCCAUAUGCUCUCUCUCACUCGCUCGCUCGACAUAUAUUAUAUCAACAGGGUUUUCGCCGAAAGUAUUCCAUUUGUUGCCCCCUCUCUCUCUCUACUGGGUUUUCGCCGAAAGUAUUCGGUUUGCUGCCCACUCACGCUGAAAAAACUUGCUCAUCAUCUCUCUACUGGGUUUUCAUAUUAAAGCUUAUCAUUUUCUCGCAGAAUGAGCGAGCGUGCCCAUCAUCCCAGACCAAACCCUCAUCUCUCCUUCCCCUCCCUCUCUCUCUACAAACCCCGCACACCCGUUACUUCCCAUCCACCCACUCAACUGAGCGCCUCGCGUUUCUCUCUCUAUAACUCACCUGAGCGUUUCUCUCCCUCCCCGCAGAGCUACGAGCCGAGCGGUGAGACCCCGGUGAGGUCGGACCCGGAGCUGCCGAGCAAGGGAAAGAUCGAGUCCCUGCGGGCAAUGCCGCUGGAGGCGCUCCUGGAGGAGUUCCGGGAGAACCAUCCCUACGAACCCGGCAAGGAGCCGCGGCCCUCCAUGAUCCCACGCUCGCCCCUCGUCCAGCUCAACUCAGGUUGA